UUGAACCUCCUCCUCCUGCACCGUCCUUUCCCUCUCAGCCUUCUUCCCCCUUCGCGAUCUCUUCUUCCCCUCUCUCUCUCUGUGUCAAAUUGGAAGAUGAAUUAGGCUGAGCACAAGGAAGAAAACCCAGUAACCCGUUAACCCAAUUUCUCCAAAGGAAUGGCAGAAAGUGCAGUAUCAUCCCCAAAACACCUCCAACCCUCGAACCCCAUCGACCCAACAACGGCAACGGCAACAACAACAACCACACCCUCAAACACCACAAUUUCUCAAAACCCAUCGAAUUCUACGUCGAACCCACAGCCCAUGCGCUCCCCUUCUCCCCUCUCCCACUCCCACUCACCUUCCAUUGACCACAUCUCCUCCCCUCCCCAAAUCCCUCUCCCCCCAUCCCAACAACAACAACAACAACAACAACAACCCCAGCAGCUCACCGCAGCCAUUGGAUUAGAUUACCAGCAACAAAAGCAACAACCCCAACAACAACAAUCCCAGCAGCAGCCACAAACUCUGGCCCCGAAUGUCAACGCCAUCUCGACUUACCAAAUCCAGCAAAUGCAUCGCUCCCAGUCCAUGACUCGGCUGAACCAAAUUCAGCAACAGCAGCAGCAGCAGCAGUUCGGGGUCUUGAGGCAACAGCAGCAACAGCAGCAGGGGAUGCAUGCGAAUGUGAAUUUUGGUGGGUCUGGUGGGAUUCAGCAGCAGGCCCAACAGCAGCAGCAGCAGCAGCAAUUGGGUACUGGUGGGAACUUGUCGCGGUCAGCGCUCAUAGGGCAGAGCGGCCAGCUGCCCAUGUUGUCAGGAGCAGCCGCCGCGGCGGCGGCCGCACAGUUCAAUUUGCAGUCCCAGUUAUUGGCCUCGCCGAGGCAGAAAGCUGGGUUGGUCCAAGGCUCUCAAUUCCAUCCGGGUAAUUCGCCUGGUCAAGCUUUACAAGGAAUGCAAGCAAUGGGGAUGAUGGGGUCACUCAAUUUGAGCUCGCAACUAAGAGCAAAUGGAGGCCUCACUUAUGCCCAGCGAAUUAACCAGGGCCAAUUGAGGCAACAAUUGCAACAGCAAAGUCCUCUUGGCUCUCAACAGGUUCAAAGCUUACCAAGGACGUCACCACUGGCAUAUAUGAACUCUCAGUUAUCUGGGUUGACUCAGAAUGGACAGCCUGCUAUGUUGCAGAGCUCUUUAUCACAGCAACAGUGGUUGAAACCAAUGCCACCAAUCUCUGGUACUGGUUCAGCUUCAUUCCGUCUUCAACAGCAGAGGCAGCAAGCCCUCUUGCAGCAGCAACUUUCUUCAUCUACUCAGUUGCACCAGAAUUCUUUGGCCCUGAACCAACAGCAUCUAUCCCAGCUGGUACAGCAGCAGCAACCAAUGGGGCAUCCACAGCUACAUCAGCAACAGCAACAGCAACAGCAGCAGCAGCAGCAGCAACAGCAACCUGCACAACAACAAUUGCAACAACAAUUACCUUUGCAUCAGCAGCAGCAGUAUUCUCCAAGGAUGCCUGGACCCACAGGCCAGAAGUCCAUGAGUUUGACAGGAUCACAGCCAGAUGCUACUGCAUCUGGUACAACUACACCAGGGGGGAGUUCGAGCCAAGGAACAGAAGCGACUAAUCAACUUCUUGGGAAGAGAAAGAUACAGGAUUUGGUUUCACAGGUAGAUUCACAGGGAAAGCUGGAUCCAGAAGUUGAGGAUCUUCUAUUAGAGAUUGCCGAUGACUUCAUCGAUUCUGUUACCACAUUUGCAUGCAGUUUGGCAAAACAUCGGAAAUCUUCAACUUUAGAGUCCAAGGAUGUGUUGCUACACCUAGAGAAAAAUUGGCAUUUGAACGUUCCAGGAUAUUCGACUGAAGAGCGGAAGUACCAGAGCAAACCUUUAUCAAGUGAUCUCCACAAGAAGCGUCUUGAUGUAAUUCGCACAUUAAUGGAAUCCCCACACUCUGAAACAAAUAUUAGUAACUCCAAAGAGAUGAUAAGACAGGGACAUAGUAAUCCAGUUGGUGCCAACUACCUGGCACGACCUUCCCUGAGUUCAGAGCAGUUGGUUUCGCAAUCAACUGGUCCCCAAAUGCUGCAGCAGAUGACAAGGUUUUAAUGGAUAUGCACUCUUGAUUCUUGUUUACUUCAAGCUGAUUGGGUAUAACUAAUGGACCUCGUUUGGAUGGAUGUGAAUACAGAUUGCCAAAAGCAGUAGCUGUAAUUACUUAGCAACUAUCUAAGACAUGAAAGUCAGCUGGAAGAGAUCUCAGCAGUUUACCGUUUUCUAUAUUGUUUUAUCUCUAGAUUUCUGAUCGUUUUUAGUCGGGGUGAUAAUUCAUGGCCCAUAAGGUGAGCUCGUGCCUCCAUCAAAGCCCGUUUACCAGCUGCAUAAUAAGAAGCAGGUUGGGUGGGCUUUAUAUUCUACUCGAUUUUUUUUUUAACUGAGAUGUAUUUUGCUUCUGAAUUUUAUUUUCGCAGUUUGCCUUGUAUUGAAAAUAAUAAUUGUUUAAAUAGUUUGAAAGUGUAGAUUUAUCUAUACCCAGACGGUUGGUUGUCUAAAUCUGCCUCUUUGGCUAUUUCUUUUGCCUUCAACGAAGAUAAAAGAGGACCAAAUUUCAUGUCAAUUUUGGUCUUGCCCUUUUAACCU